AUGGAUGUGGGCGAUACGCUAGGAAGUCGAACCACAAACAUCCUGCAUCCGCAAGUGGUUCAUGCCUAUGGCGAUUGCAAGCAAACUUCACUGACUCAUAGCAAACGUGCCAGAUCAGUUCCUGGACCCUUGGCGUGGCCAGGGGCCGGCGUCAUCGUCUGUAAGGCGGGAGAACAUUGCUGUGCUGCGCCGGUCUUCGCCUCUUUGCAACUCGCGCCUCGAAAACUCGAAACAGCACCACCGUUCGCCACGGUGAAUAGCAACGAUGAAAACCUUCUGCGGCGCACAGGCAUACUGCAGCGCGGAAACACCGCGCCUUUGGCAAAAAACGCCCGAACAACCUCGCAAACGGUCGUUCAGCUUCCGGCGACGUGUUUCAACGUCAUUGAUACUUUUGUACAGAAAAUGUGGUUCAUUGCGGCUGCAAGUCACAUUGUCAACGUGCAACGAAACCAGUACGACUACCGUCGAAAAGUCGAUCAAGUCACUGUAUCGCGUCGCGUAACUCUAACGGACACCGUCCCUCGUUUCGUCGUACAGUACGAUUACCUCUUUAUUAUAUUUUGUGCCUUCUGCGCUCAGGUUCGCAUGCUGGUUCGCGUUGGUGGAGCAUGGAUCAAAAUCGUCGAUUCUGGUGCAGGUUUUCAGCUGCUGUCGAUCGCCCCUAUCCGUCAGCUAUGUCAGACUGAAGAACUACAGCAGCGUUCGUGA